AUGGCAAGAAAUCCUCUAAAAGCUCCCCCUUCUAAACAUGACUAUCGCAAGAAAGUCCUCUCAAUGGUUGUUCAACAAUCCCUCCCGUUCAAGUUUGUUGAAUCUCCAUCAUUCAAGGAUUUGAUGGAGUUUUGCAAGAGUUAUCCUAACUUAAUUGAAGAUCUAUCUAGAUCUACCAUUAAACGGUUAAGCCAAAGUGAAGCAGAAGAAGUCCAGAAACAACUUAUUAAGAGGCUUCCAUCUACUGCGAAGGUAUCUCUUAGCUUAGAUUGUUGGACGUCGCCCUUUAAACAAGCGUUUUUAGCAGUCACAUGCUACUUUAUUGAUAAGGACUGGGAGUAUCAAGAGGUCCUGCUAGGCUUCGAACCAUUACAUGGAGCACAUUCUGGACAACACUUAGCCUCUAUAGUGCUUAAGGUACUUGAGCAACAUGAGCUUGAGCAACGAGUGUUAACCAUUACUACUGAUAAUGCGUCAAACAAUAGCACCUUAGUGUUCUAUCUUUCAAGAGAUAUCCGAGGAAUUGUGGAAGGAGAUCUAGAAGACAGUGAUGCAGAUUCUUCCGAGGACGAGGCAAAUCAUCUAAGGAAGACAGAUACAGCACAGCUACAACACCUUCAAAAGCAAAUGAAGGAGACAACAGAUAUACUGGCAGAAAAGUUACCCCAAGUCCCAAUCAUUCGUGUUCCUUGUAUUUAUCAUGUUAUACAGCUUUCUCUUGGUGAACUCAUGAAGGAAAUGAAAGCUACCCCGAAAAACGACACACUUCUAUCUCAAUGGAAAAAGGAGGAUACAGAGGAAGCUCUCAAGAAGAGAGUGGUUGGAAAGAUUUCAACUACCUUGUAUAAGAUUCGAGCCCUUACCCAGUUCAUUAAUGCCAGUCCUCAACGCCGCGAAGCCUUUCUAUCUUUACAAUCUGAAUCUUCCCAAACCAACCGAGCUCUGGUUCCUAUACAAGAUGUUCGAACACGGUGGAACUCGACAUACCAAAUGCUCCAACGUGCAAAGAGGCUUCAGAAAUUCCUAAACCGAUAUUGUUCUGAAUGCUCAGACACGGACAAGAAAAUCAAGAGGCAGCUUACACUAUUGGCACUUUGCGACGAUGAGUGGGAGCAAGUGGAAUACUUACUUGAGAUCACGGAACCCUUCUUUGAUUUUACUCGCCAUCUCUCUCAGACAAAGAAAGUGACCACCCACUUCGUCUUUCCAUUAUACAAUCAGAUGUUUCAGCACCUAGAAACCCAGAUUGAACGACUUAAGCGGCGACCUCUAAAGCUUGGACAAAAGGAAAUACUUCAGUCUCUUCAUGCAGCACACAAGAAACUCGCAGAGUACUAUGGCCAGGUGAAGAAUGAGACAUUAGGAAAGAUCUAUUCUACUGCGACUAUACUUGCGCCAGAUUUUGGACUCAAAGUAUUUGAUGGAGAUUCCUGGGAACAAGAAAAGGAAUAUCUUGGUGAAACCACAGAUCAAAGUCAGAAUUACAAGAGGAUAUAUCGGGAGAGUCUAGAGAGGCAGCUAGUACGGUAUCAAUCUCAGAAUCCAGCCAACCUGCUAAGCCAAACGGAGGCUACAUCAAGAAAGAGAAAGCGAACUAAAAAAAAGGAUCCCUUUGCGCUAACUCGGGACACCUCUUCACCAUCAGAAGAUGAACUUACAAGGUAUUUACACUUUCGGACUUCAGAUACGACGACAAAGACACUUCGCUUCUGGAAGGAUAACGCUAGACAAUUUCCAACACUUGCUCAAAUCGCCCGGGACUAUUUUGCUGUUCCUGCUAGCGGAGCAGGUGUAGAACGGCUGUUCAACACAGCGCGUGAUAUCUGUCAUUAUCGCCGUGGUCGUUUACAAGCAGAGACUAUUAAAGACUUGAUGAUACUACGGUUCACAGAACAAAAUUCGGGGAAAGGUAUAGUUCUACAUGAAUUAGAUUAUGAUAGCGAGGAAGCUGAGGAAGAUGUUGAAGAUGGUGAUAUUACUACAGAUGAUGAAUCGUGA